AUGGACGCCGACGCUGCCUCCCCGUCGGACCAGCACAGGACGGUGUGGACGGAGCCGCCCAAGAGGCCGGCGGGGCGGAUCAAGUACAAGGAGACGCGCCACCCGCUGUACCGCGGCGUGCGGCGUCGGGGGCGGCACGGGCGGUGGGUGUGCGAGGUGCGCGUGCGCGGCACCAAGGAGACAAGGCUCUGGCUCGGCACCUUCCGCACCGCCGAGAUGGCGGCGCGAGCGCACGACUCCGCCUCGCUCGCUCUCUCCGGAAGCGCCGCCUGCCUCAACUUCGCCGACUCCGCCUGGCGGAUGCUGCUCGUCCUCGCCGCUGGGUCUUCCAGCUUCAGCAGCGCGCGGGAGAUCAAGGACGCCGUCGCCGUCGCUGUCGUAGCGUUCCAGCGGCAGCGCUCCAUCGCGUCCACGGCCGACGGCGAGAAGGACGUCCAAGGCUCGCCGACGCCGAGCGAGCUGUCCACGUCCAGCGAUUUGCUGGACGAGCACUGGUUUGGCGGCACGGAUGCCGGAUCGUACUACUCGCCGGGCAUGUUCAUGGAGCCGCCGGAGCGGCCUGAAAACCGCGAGCUCGGUGCCGGCGACGUGUAA